ACGUUUCUAUAUGAUAUGAUGCUUCAAUUUUGCCAUGGUUGCUUUAGGUUUUGUAGAUGACGCCGUAAUUACGACUGUAUCUGAGGAAAUGAACAACAGCUGGAAAGGUUUUGGUGUCCGUUUAGGUCUUUCAUGGGCUAGAGUUAAACGGUUUUGGACUGAAGAACAGCGGGACUCACAAAAAGCUAUCGCUAAUAUGAUGGAGUAUUGGAGGAACAAUGUCAAAAAUGAAACGCAUCAACUGAAAGUGUUGUGCAUUGCUUUGAGGCAACACAAAUACAAGAGACUAGCUGGGGAAUUAUUCAGUGGUGAUCUCGGCGACGAAAUUCUGUCCUUAGCCAAACAUGAAGGAAAAUGUUGUAAUGAUCAAGAUUUGCUGUUCAUCUGUGACAAACUGGAUCCCGAAUCAUGGAGGAGACUGGGAGUGCGUCUUGGACUCAAAUGGACCGAUAUAAAAAAGAUAGCAAAAAACAACAGACUGGUUGAAGACCGCAUCAUGGAAUUGCUGGUUACUUGGAGGGAUGACCAAUCAAAGUGCCAACAAGUACCAAUCAUGGUGAAUGCUUUGAGACAACAGAAGUUUGUUGGACUUGCACAACGUGUAUGUGAAAGGCAUGGUUACAGUGACGAGGCAGAAGUUGCACCAACUCAGAUAAAUCUGCCGCAAAUUCAAACGCAAGGGCAAGGUCGCUUAGAUGAUAUUGACAUGGUGUUUAUCUCUGACAAACUUGAUGGCAAUGAUUUGACAAAUUUCGGCAUCUACCUUGGUAUGGAGAAACAUGAAAUAAAUGGAUUUAAAUCAGACUUUUCACCACCAAUUGUAGACGCCUAUAUUGAAAUGUUGGUUCAGUGGCGAGAAAGACAGGAAGCUAAAGUAAAUCAUCUCAAAACAAUUAGUGAAGCACUGAACAAACUUGAACGAAUAGAUAUAAAGGAAGAACUUGAGUCAUACUACCAGAACAAAUAUGAAAAAAUUGAAGCAAAGGUGUAAAGGAACAUUUUAAAGAUCACAGCGCAAUAAAAAAAAUGACACCAGAAUAUAAUUUUACCAUGGUUACAUACACCACAGUACCACAUAAGGACACUUUUUAAUUAAGAAAUUAUAUUUUGCUCGCCUUUCGAUCAUCCAAACUGCCUAUAUUUGAUGUUGUCAUCCUGGACCGUAGUUAUUGAAUACAAAAUAUACUGAAAACAUUAAUGUCAACUUUUUCUUAACGUGUAUAUAAAAACCGAAAGGUCCACUGAUUUAUCUCAGAUAAGAAAGUAUAAUACAUACUUUAUGUAUUUAAAUCCUGAUGUUGACAUAAUAUUGAAAUAUUGAAUCC